GAUAGAGUAUUAUAUUCUAUGAUGCAUUAUGUAUAUAAUACAUAAUAUGUACACCAAUACAUACGUACCAAUUACUAAGGAGCAGCAGUGUGUUGGCGUAGAACACUUAUAUAUCCAGUUCCAGACCUCAUUUUAUAAUUUAAAUUAUAAUUUGCUUGUAAUUGCUAUCAUAGUAUUGUUAUUAGCGAAGCCAUGUCCCAAGCAAUUUACGUAAGUACCGCGGUUGGGGUUGGCGUUAUUGGCGGAUUAUUUCUAUCAUAUCAUAUAUUUAAAAAGGGACAAAACAAAACUAAAAUUCCCGAUCAAUGGAUCCCAGUGGGAACCUUAAAAAACUUAUUGGUGUAUCCUAUAAAAUCUUGCGCGCCGAUUAUAUUGAACACAGCAGAAUGCUCUUCAUUGGGUCUGAAGGAUGAUUGGAUGCGGGACAGGUUCCUAAUGGUAACUGAUUCAAAUUAUCAUUUUCUAACGGCUAGAAAACAUCCGAAACUUCUUCUUGUGCAUUCAUCGUUUGAGAAAUCUAUUUUAACCUUAAAGCACAAAGAUAUGGAACCACUUAGAAUUAAUUUGGAUGAGGUUAUUGAAUUACAAAAGCCCAAAUAUGGUGAUGUUUGGGGUACAAAAGUUCCGAUUCAUGACUGCGGUUGGGCUGCAAGCGAUUGGUUUUCAAGAUUACUCGGUUCCACAGAAAACCCGAUGAAACUUGUAUUAUACGCUUCGAAAAAAAGUCGUAAACUAGCUCAAAGUCAUUUACAAAAUAUUUACAACUUUGGAAGUGAAGAUACGGGCGUCUUUAGCGACGAUACAACAUACAACUUAAUUAACGAAGCAUCAGUAAACGACUUAAAGCAAAAAGUCCCGAACAGCGACAUAUCUAUUCGCAAUUUUAGACCUAACUUCGUGUUGACCGGAGCUAAGCCGUUUGAGGAAGAUAAUUGGAGAUUUAUUAAAAUUGGCAGUGUUGUUUUCGAAAUUAUUAUGCCCUGUUUCAGAUGUGUGCUUACAACAAUUAAUCCAGAAACAGGUGUGCAUGAUACUAACUCAGAGCCAUUGGAAACUUUGAGGAGCUAUCGCCUUCACGAAGAUCCGCAAAUUCGUAAAUCAAUUGGCAAUUCACCUCGAAUGGGCGUGCAAAUGGCACUUCGAUCCCCGCCUGGUGGAACCGUUAAUCUAAACGAUCCCAUUUACAUUGCUUAGGGGAAAGCUUCGGACUCAUAAGUCUCCACUCUCGGAAUAUCCAACUGAUUGCAUGAAAUUGUAAAAAAUAUUUGAUAUGUGUCAAUUUUUUUUGUUAAUUAGUACUUUGUUCAAUAAAAUAUGUA